GCCGCCCAACCCAAUACGAUAGGGCCACCCAAAUCUCGCCGCCGAAUUGCGAUAUUUAUUUUUCUUGCGUGCAGGUCCUCCGCUUUCUAGAUUUUCCCCAGUUUGGUGUGCUUUGCUCCUCUAGCGCGGCGGCGUCGUUUGCCUCGGCGAGCUAGGGUUUCGGGUUGGGGUUGUGCUUGAGGGAGGAAGGGAGAGAUGGAGGAGGUGACGGAGGCGGUCAACAACCUGGCCAUAACGGAGCCGCACAAGAAGAACCGGAUCCAGGUCUCCAACACGAAGAAGCCGCUCUUCUUCUAUGUCAACCUCGCCAAGAGGUACAUGCAGGUGCAUAACGAGGUGGAGCUAUCAGCCCUCGGCAUGGCUAUUGCUACUGUAGUGACUGUUGCCGAAAUUCUGAAAAAUAAUGGCCUAGCUAUGGAAAAGAAGAUCAUGACAUCCACUGUUGAUGUCAAUGAUGAAUCAAGGAGCCGCCCGAUGCAGAAAGCCAAGAUUGAAAUAGUGCUUGGCAAGACGGAGAACUUUGAUGAGCUGAUGGCAAUUGCUGCGGAGGAGAGGGAAGUCGCAGCCGCUGAGGAGGGCGAGGAGCAGAGUUAAAUAAGCUAUUUUAAGCUGGCUGUUGUAGCUUGAUUUAGUACUUGCUGUUAGGUUUUGUGUUUCAAUCCUUCCAACAAGGGAUAGCUACUUCAAUUAUCAAACAGCUCUGCUUAUUUGAUUCGUUUGAAUAGUAGCUUCUGUUUCUGGUAUGAUAUCUAACAUGUGUUUCGGUAUGGUUACUUAUGUUCAGGCCAUGUUGGUUCUUUUGAGUUUGUUCCGUGUUGAAGGGUUGGAGUGACAUAUUUUGUUGUGAAAAUGUUAUUUAAAAUAUCAAUUAUGGUCACACCAA